AUGCUGAAAAGUGCUCUAAACAUUCUUCAACCAGUACGACUCCAAUCGACCGCUGCCCCCAUAGCAAAUGUACUUGCCUCAACCACUGCUAAUAAUCCUGAACCAGUAGUACCAAUCAACGUUCAAGCCUUGUAUCAUGCCCCAUUAAAAAUACCAGUUACACACGGUGAUUUAGUUGCCUCUGUCCAACUACGAUCAUAUGAUAAUGAAAACCUUGAUUUUUUUGCAGAUUUUUCAUUAAGAGCUGGCUUCUAUCUAGGAAUUCCCUUAACUGGUCCAAAACCAUUGCCAACAAGAAGAGAACGUUGGACAGUUAUUAAAUCCCCUUUUGUACAUGCCAAAUCGAAAGAGAAUUUUGAAAGACAUACACAUAAAAGAUUAAUCAAAGUUUGGGAUACAAAUCCUGAAUUAGUGGAACUUUGGAUUUCAUAUAUUACGAAACAUUCCAUCACUGGGGUUGGGAUGAAAUGUUCUGUAUUUCAAAGGGCUCCAGUAACGAUAGACAAUGAAAAUUAUGAUAUUAGUGAUGAAUUGGCAAAUUAUGAGGCUGAAAGGGAAGUUAGUUCUGAGGGAGAUCCUGGGGCAACUUUAGUUAAUGAGAAGAUUUUAGAACUAUUGAAUACAGACGAAUUCAAAAAACACAUGUGA